AUCCUCACAAGAAGGUGAAUCACACUCGCGCUCCGAGGCCUCCCUUUCUGAUGCUUCGCGCUUGCGCAGUGCGCCGCUUCCAGAAACGCAGCCGAGGAGCAACUCUCACUGGAGCCGAACCGAACAAAAGACCGACAGCCGGCCUGAUCCGAUCCGAUAUAACCUGCAGAAAUCUGUCAUUGAACGGAGCGGAGUCGGCCGGCUUCAGAGGAGUUGGAGCAGAGCCGGGUCGAAUCAAAAGCUGUAGACGAGAGCAAAGCGCAGAGACUGAAGCUGGGAUGACUGCAGAAGCCUCAUUAAACCUAGAUUAGACCCAGACAGACGCUCAGCUGCAGGAGGACCAUAUGAGACGGACGCAUGUCUUGAUGUCCCCAUCUCACCUGUCAACCUGAGCCCUUAUGUAAACAACAACAUCUGGAGGACACUCAGGAGACUUCCAGGGGCACAAGAUCUCAUCCAGGGGACAUUCAGAGGCAGGGUAACACCUGGAGGACACUCUGGAAACGUCUACUGACCUAUGUCAACAUCUGGAGGACAUUCAGGGACAGGGUAACACCUGGAGGACACUCUGGAAACGUCUACUGACCUAUGUCAACAUCUGGAGGACAUUCAGGGACAGGGUAACACCUGGAGGACAUUCAGAGACAGGGUAACAUCUGGAGGACACUCUUGAAACGUCUGGUAACCUAUGUUAAAAUCUGGAGGACAUUCAGAGACAGGGUAACACCUGGAGGACACUCUGGAAACGCCUACUGACCUAUUAGCAUCUGGAGGAAAUUCAGAGACAGGGUAAUACCAGGAGGACAUUCAGAGACAGGGUAACACCUGGAGGACACUCUGGAAACGCCUACUGACCUAUUAGCAUCUGGAGGAAAUUCAGAGACAGGGUAACACCUGGAGGACUCUCUGGAAACGACUACUGACCUAUGUUAACAUCUGGAGGACAUUCAGAGACGGGGUAACACCUGGAGGACACUAUUGAAACGUCUAGUGACCUAUGUUAACAUCUGGAGGACAUUCAGAGACAGGGUAACACCUGGAGGACACUUUGGAAACGUCCAGUGACCUAUGUUAACAUCUGGAGGACAUUCAGAGACAGGGUAACAUCUGGAGGACACUCUGGAAACGUCCAGUGACCUAUGUUAACAUCUGGAGGACACUCUGGAAACGUCCAGUGACCUAUGUUAACAUCUGGAAGACAUUCAAAGACAGGGUAACAUCUGGAGGACACUCUGAAAACGUCCAGUGACCUAUGUUAACAUCUGGAGGACAUUCAGAGACAAAACAUCUGUGGGACACACAGGAGACAUCCAGAGACGAGUGGAACACCUGGAAGAAAUCCCGAGACAGGAACAAAAAUAUCAGGAGGACACCUUUGAGAGAAACUAACAAGAAAAAAACAUUUGAAAGACACAGAGACGAAGAAGAACAAUUCAAGAUUGCAUGUAACCUGGACCAUGAACCUGCACAGGUGGACCUGUUUCCCUCUCUCCGCUGUCAUGAUGCUGGUCCUGGUCCAGGUUGCGGUUCAGGCCCGCUCAGUAUCAACAGGGCGUUCUGAUAGGAACUCCAUCGAGGACGCCACGGUGAAUGCUACUGUCAUGGACCGUGGCUUUGCUGUCCACAUGAUGAGUAGUGAGGACGGGACCUAUGGUCAGGACUCCCCCAGAAUGGACGCCCGCGGCAUCGUCCUCACACCUGCACCGCAUCACGGAGUGGUGGACAGGCAGGGCUGCGAUCCAAACACUCGUUUCCUGGUUCCUCCCCGAAGCGUCCACUGGGUGGCGCUGCUGCAGAGAGGUAACUGCACCUUCAGAGAGAAGAUCCUCAAGGCAGCCGCCUACAAUGCCUCAGCAGUCCUCGUCUACAACAACUCCACCGACAAGACUGUCAAGAUGGGCCAUGAAGGAACCGGCGACAUUGUUGCUGUGAUGAUCACUGAGGCUUAUGGUAAGGAGAUCUUGGCUCACCUCGAACGGAACCAGACAGUCUUGGUAUCUCUGAGCUACCGUAAUCCCGCCAAAAACAUGAACCGCGGUUCGCUGGUCUUCGUCUCCAUCUCCUUCAUCGUCCUCAUGAUCAUCUCCUCCGCCUGGCUCAUCUUUUACUUCAUCCAGAAGAUCCGCUACAGCAGCAGCCGUGACCGCAGCCAGCGCCGUCUUGGGGAUGCAGCCAAGAGAGCCAUUGGGAAGCUGACAACGAGGACGGUGAAGAAAGGGGACAAGGAAACGGAUCCAGACUUUAACCACUGUGCUGUGUGUAUCGAAGCGUACCAGCUCAACGACGUGGUCCGAAUUCUGCCUUGCAAACACGUCUUUCAUAAAGUGUGUGUGGACCCGUGGCUAAACGAGCACUGCACCUGUCCCAUGUGUAAACUUAACAUCCUCAAAGCCCUAGGCAUCAUGACCAGCUUUCCCUGUGUGGACACUGUGGUGCUGGAUGUGGAGCGUCUGGGUGGCCAUACAUCUGGUAGCCAGAGGGCGCCCCCGAGAGACCAAAACCAGCCGUCCAUUAGCCUGGAGCCACUCAGUCCCCCCCACUCCGAGACCACACCCAGAACACCUGCCGACAUCACUGUGGCAAUUACAAGUGGAGGACACUUCUUCAACAGGAACUCCAUGUCUCCUCGGAACAUCGUCUCUGAGAUGGAGCUGCCAGACAUCCAAGCCUCACUCGAUCUCUAUGAUGACAACAAGUCCUGAGACCAGUCGGCAUGGUUACAACCGCACAUCCAAAUUAUUCCCCCUGUUGAGGGUUGAACAAACUGGACCCAGAAAGUCCUCGCAGAGGGGUUUCUGUUGCGAUGUGCAGUUGGGAUGUCUAAUACUGACCGUCUGGAUGUUUGAUCACAGAAAGACUUUACUGACGUUUCUAAACAAUCACAAGAUUUUAAACACUGUUACUGGGUUCCUUUAAAGUUCUUCAAGUACUCCUGGAUCAGCGACAAUGUUUCCAAAGAUACAGUAGCUUCUGAAUGUUAGUGUCUGCGGAGAUGAAACCUUGGGAUCUGUUACGGGUUUCCACACUUGGUUCUGAAACCUAAAUGACUCCACAAAGCCAAAAUGUGUUUGUAAAAAUCCUCAGGAUUCCUUAUAAGGUUCCUGAGAAUGUUUUUGUGCCUGAAGUGAUAUGGGUUUUUAUUCUUAUUCUUAUUUAAAAAAAAUGCUUCCUUAUACUGAGCCCUGGUUCUGCUCCAUUGGAGUGGUUUUCUGGAUCAGUCUAUAGUUCUUUCUGCUUGUCCGGUUUCCUGCUAAACGUCAUCAAGGCUUUGAGAGCUUUGGAACACUCUUAAUCCUCAAUAUGAUACGAAGUUCUGUUUGAUUCAGCUUACUAAAAUCCUUCUUGCAGAAAUUCUGGGUCAAGCAACUGAAUAAUUUCUGGAUUUUCACCAUAAUUUCAAAGUUCCAGGAAACUUCUGUGUCCUUAUACAACUUUAGUGCUCUUAGGGAUCUCAUCCAGGUACUUUCAAAGGUGCUGGAAAAGGUUCUGUCAUUUUUGCUCAGUUUUUCCAGAGUAAAAAAGAUCAAUGUGUCAGGUAUAAAAACAGGAAGUGAUUCAGAGGAGAACUAUAGCAGUGUCCAAGAACUAGAUCCCAGAACCAUUUCUUACAUAAUCAUUGUUUCUCCGGGUACUGGCAACCUCCCAUGCUGAGUGGCUGGUUGAGGAUCUUAUUAGUUUUGUUUGGUUUCGUCUCUCAGAGUUUGGACUCUGCUUGAUGGCCUGGAUCAGCGCUUCCUCUGAAAUUGGAUGUCCUGGAACAAGUUGGAGCAAGGACUAUGAACAUCUUAGUGAGUCUCCUGGAGUCCAGUGGAUGGACCUGCUACAUGGACUGGACGUUGAUUCUGUCUUUGCUAGUCCAUGAAGCCUUCUGGUUGCAUUGGUGUAGGUCCAGCAGGAUUCCCAAGCUCUGUUUAAGAGGAUAUUUUCCUUCAUUUUCUAGAAAAUUCCCAGUGUUACUGGAGGGGACCAGAUGAAGCUGUCUUACAAUGGUCCCUUAGGUGAUGGACUGCUACUCUAAAGUUAUUCUGAGUUACUCAGUGUGUAAUAAUAUUAAUACUAAUAAUCAGUAUAUAAACAGCAUUAAACAAUCUAUAAUCUGACUGAUUCAUCAGUAAUAAGUGACCUGAAGAAGCUCAGCUGCUGUCCACAU